UGAUUCACUGGGGCCGCUGCAGCUCUUGAGAGGAAGGCUUAGGAGGGGCUGCAUUGCAGCAAAAAAAGAGGAGAGGCUUGUGCGCAACAGACACAGACCCACAUAGAGACACACACACACCCAGCCAGACAAAAGCAGGAGGGGAGACGGAUCACACCAUCUGCCCAUCUCUCUGGACCACUAGAGAUCUCCCUCUCUCUCCUCCAGCACAAAAGCCAUCUUCCUUCUGUUGCCUCCCAAGCAACUGAGCCCCUGUGGGUCCUUCUCCGAGGAAGCAAGAAAUGAGGGACACAGUCAACUCCCAGUACGACUCCUUCCUUUACUGGAGGAUGCCCAUCCCAGAACUGGACCUGAGCGAGCUGGAACACCUGGGCUUAGCUGACAUGGUCGCCUAUAAGUCCAAGGGAGGCUAUGGCAGCUUCACAGCAGAGCGGAAGAAGCAGAACUGCAACAUCUCCGACGGGGAAGACGACGGCGAGGACACCAGCCUCCUCCAGUUCAACAGUUUCAAUUUCUGGAGGGCCCCUAUACCCUGCGUCGGCUCUUUAGAUUUUGACCUGAUCUGAGGCUGGUGCAGCUGGGCUCCUGUCCUUCAGUGUGACGAGUGAGGCGGCUAAACCUUUUGUCUACACCCCACUUCCGACCAAUUCCCUGUAGUGUUUUACUCUUCAAAUUGUACGGCGAGGCUGAAUUGCAAAAGGCUCGCGAGAGCGCUUCUGUCGGUGUCGUCUGCCUGUGUUUCUCUCCUUCUCACGUUCUGUCUCUUACGUGUUUUUGCUGGGCGGGGAAGGGGACUGUGGUUUGCAAAACUGGGACUGAAUGUAUUUCUUGGGUGGAGGGUGAGUUGCCUCGAGAGAGCCCGAGGGGCACCCAUGUUCCUGUUAGCGGCUAUGGCAGCCGGAAGUGUGUGGGGAAUUAAGCGAGGCAUUUCCCCACCCUCUUGAUCAUAAAACGACUCCUUACAGCUGGGUGGCUUUUGAGGGGAUUGCAGCUAGGAUCUGGAGCAGGAGUCGGCAACUAAGCAGCCUGUGAGCAAAUUCCGGCCCGCGGGUCUUUGGCCCGUUUAGCAGCAAGUUCCGUUUCCUUCUUCCUCUUGCCAGCAGCCACUUCCAGAAAGAGUGAAAUUACAUAUCUUGCUUCUGAAUAACUCGAGAGGCAUAAUUUGUGUGUGUGUGUGUGUGGGGUGGUCUUUUACUCAGUAUCGGUCUGUUUCCUUCCAUUUUUCCUGCCCUGGUUUCUGAUUGCAUCAUCAGGGGAAAGAGGAGACGGAAGCCUCGCCUGCAGAAGAAAUGGAGGACGCAGAGGAGGCAAUGAGGUCUGGGUGGGCAGGGGGGUCUGCGCUGCCACUUCCGGGUUCAGUUGAGGGGGGAGGGGGCGCCAAAGAAGCGCCACUUCUUGGGGAGGGGAGGGAGAUGUGUAGGCGAAGAUGAAAGCUCAGCUCUUGGACGUGUUUGAGAUUAAAUUGCAAAAGAAAAA